AGAAGAUGCCAAGACUGGAGAGGGUGGUCCUGGGUGGGGGUCCGGGAACAAGCCCCUGGCAAUCCUAAACCUGCCAGACUGGGGUCUCCAGGACAGGCCAUCUCUGCGAAGGCCCUGGAAAUAGGGAUUCUGGGAUACAAAUUCCCCCCAAAUCAAGGACAGAGCUGCAUAAAUUCUAGGUACAACUCCCUGGGCAAGGUUUGGUGUUCAAGGUUCGGGACACAGUUCCCUUUAUCAAGCUGAGGCCUUAACUGAGCCUAUUCCAGACAAAAUCCGUACUCCUCCUGCCAGAAGGGUUCUUCGAGCACAACAGCCCCCUGAUCGAGAUCUUGAAGAUUAGCUCCCUGGAUAGAACUGCCAAGGCCAAGGCUGUGGGGUGUGGGGGUCAUCCAAGUACUGUCUACUCCCAGGGGUCCUGGAUCCAGCCUGCCUCCCGUCCCCCCCCCCCCAAGCCCUUGGGCGGUGUCCCAGGCAAAUCCCCUUCUCAAAACAAGGUCCCUGUGUCUGGAACUCCACCCCAGCAUGAAUAAAAUAAGGAGAAUUUCAGGCAUUCCCCUACCCCACCUCCACCCCAUGCUUAGUCAGGGGUCUCAAGACAUUGGUCUCCUAGGCCACCCCCUUUGUCCCUAGGGCUGCUCAGCUGUCUAAGAGAGGCCCCACCCCGAGACAAUGCUCAGCUUUCCUAGCCAGACGGAUUCCCCCCACCCCCAAGGCUCCAGGAUUUAGCUUGGGCUGGGGGCGGCUCCCCAGAGACCGGUGGAAACCUGUCUGCAGCCUCUGUGGUGACCAGCGGCUUUGUGUGUGGGUGGACCCAGGAGACCUGGUCAGCAUUUGUCCCCAGCCCCCUGUGGGGCCUUGGGGCCCCCUGAAACCUUCAGGACGGAGUCAGACGGGGCGGGCACCAUGAACAAGUUACGGCAGAGUCUGCGGCGGAGGAAGCCAGCCUAUGUGCCCGAGGCAUCGCGCCCACACCAGUGGCAGGCAGACGAGGAUGCAGUGCGCAAGGGCACAUGCAGCUUCCCUGUCAGGUACCUGGGUCAUGUGGAGGUGGAGGAGUCCCGGGGGAUGCAUGUUUGCGAAGAUGCUGUGAAGAAGCUGAAGGCGAUGGGCCGGAAGUCCGUGAAGUCUGUCCUGUGGGUGUCAGCCGAUGGACUCCGAGUGGUGGACGACAAAACCAAGGACCUUCUUGUAGACCAGACCAUCGAGAAGGUCUCCUUCUGCGCUCCUGACCGCAACCUGGACAAGGCUUUCUCCUACAUAUGCCGUGACGGCACCACACGCCGCUGGAUCUGCCAUUGCUUUCUGGCUCUCAAGGACUCCGGCGAGAGGCUGAGCCACGCUGUGGGCUGUGCGUUCGCUGCCUGCCUGGAAAGGAAGCAGCGGCGGGAGAAAGAGUGUGGAGUGACGGCUGCCUUCGACGCCAGUCGCACCAGCUUUGCCCGAGAGGGCUCCUUCCGCCUGUCGGGGGGCAGCAGGCCUGCAGAGCGUGAGGCUGGGGACAAGAAGAAAGCAGAGGCAGCAGCCGCUCCCGCUGUGCCUCCUGGCCCUGCCCAGCCUGGGCAUGUGUCCCCAACACCAGCUACCACAUCCCCUGGUGAAAAGGGGGAGGCAGGCACCCCAGUGGCCGCAGGCACCACUGCUGCUGCCAUUCCCCGGCGCCACGCACCUCUGGAGCAGCUGGUUCGCCAGGGCUCCUUUCGUGGGUUCCCGGCGCUCAGCCAGAAAAACUCACCUUUCAAACGUCAGCUGAGCCUGCGAUUGAACGAGCUGCCGUCCACCCUGCAGCGCCGUACAGACUUCCAGGUGAAGGGCACAGUGCCUGAGAUGGAGCCUCCUGGUGCCAGUGACAGUGAUGGCAUCAAUGCUCUGUGCACACAGAUCAGCUCAUCCUUUGCCAGUGCUGGAGUGCCAGCGUCAGGGCCACCAUCUGCCACAACAGGAACUUCUGCCUGGGGCGAGCCCUCCAUACCCCCUGCAGCUGCCUUCCAGCCCGGGCACAAGCGGACACCUUCAGAGGCUGAGCGAUGGCUGGAGGAAGUGUCCCAAGUGGCUAAAGCGCAGCAGCAGCAACAGCAGCAGCAGCAGCAGCAGCAAGCAGCCUCCGUGCCACCAAUGCCCACCAUGGCCCCCACCCUUCCACCCUUUUCUGCCCCCGUGGGGCCCUUUGACACUGCAGCUGCCCAGGUGGCUGUGUUCUUGCCACCCACACACAUGCAGCCUCCAUUCGUGCCCGCCUACCCAGGCCUGGGUUAUCCACCCAUGCCCCGGGUGCCAGUGGUGGGCAUCACACCUUCACAGAUGGUGGCCAAUGCCUUCUGCUCAGCUGCCCAGCUUCAGCCCCAACCUGCCACAUUGCUUGGAAAAGCCGGGGCCUUCCCCCCACCUGCUGCACCCAGCGCCCCUGGUGGCCAGGCCCGUCCACGCCCCAAUGGGGCGCCUUGGCCCCCAGAGCCAGCGCCUGCCCCAGCCCCUGAGUUGGACCCCUUUGAGGCCCAGUGGGCAGCAUUAGAAGGCAAACCCGCUGUGGAGAAGCCCUCUAACCCCUUCUCUGGUGACUUGCAGAAGACCUUCGAGAUUGAACUGUAGCCCAUGUUGCCCUGCUCCCACUUCAUCAGCCCCAGGUGCACCACACUCAGGAGGGGAGGCCCAGCCUCUCCCCUAUUGCUGCUCCCCGGGCUGCGCCCCUCACCACACCCUCUAAGCCCUUCUCUCCGCCACCCCUCACAAACCACUACAGAACCAAUAUUGUGAUGCCUAGGUUGCGCCAAGAUGGAAUUCAGGGAUGGACCCAGCCUGGCUAAGGGAACCAUUUCACUGUCGGACUUAGGCUGGUGGUGCCCCUUCCCCAACCCCAGAUGCGGAAUACCCUCGGUUCAAGCAACUUUCCCCAGUUUCUGUUGCCCUUCCACCUUUCAGUGUUGGGCAGAAUGGAGGAGGGAUGUCCACUUAGGGGCGCUCCCCGGCCCACCUCAAGCCUGGUCAUCCCCUCCCCGCCCCGUACACACAGCACAAGCCAAGGGCUUCCCCUCUGCCCACGCUGCGUUCACUGCCAAUGCUGUGCUUGCCCAGUCCCCCUCCCCCAUUCGGGGACCAUGUCUUCCGUAGGGCCGAGGUCUCAUGGGGUGGGGCCCGACAGGGGACCCAGGAGAGGGGGAGGGGGGAGGGACAAAGACGCUCAGUUACCUCAUGUCGGUGCCCGCUGGGGAGGGGUCCCAGAAGAGGAGGAAGGGGUGCCUGGCGGGUACUUUUCUAUCUUUUAUUUCCAGAUUUUUUUUGUAUCUAAACUUGCAGAUUUGUAUUAUACAAGGACAGUCAAUAAAGGAAGAAUAUA